GGCGACUUACGCAGUAUGCAUUACUGGACCCAUGGGACGAGGUCAUUGUUCCUCCAUGCUAAGUGCGGGCGGUGGAGACUAAACUCGAAGUCGACCACUCACUCUUCUCUCACAUUUCGUCGCUACGUAGUUACAUGAGUAGGUACCUGCUUUCCUGGUUUGCAGCAGCAGUUGCAACGGUUGAAAGACACCCCCGCGAAACACUACUGAGGACUGGCUGCACCAACAUCUCAUGGUGGUCAUCAAUCUUUCUCGUGGGUGGCCCAACCCCGCCUUGCUGCCCACCGCCGCCUUGGCCACGGCCUCCGCCACUGUCCUCGCCUCCCCGACCAUCUGGCAACCAGCCUUACAAUACGGCCCUGACGAAGGAUUCCAGCCGUUGCGUGAGCAUAUCGCUCACUGGCUCGCAACUUUCUACCAGCUACGCUGCCCCCUCUCUCCGGAUCGCAUCUGCAUUACCGGCGGGGCCAGCCAGAAUAUUGCCUGUAUCCUUCAAGUCUUCACUGAUCCGCUCUACACACGCAACGUCUGGGUGGUUGCCCCCACCUACCACCUGGCGGGGCGUAUUUUCGACGACUCUGGCUUCGCCGGCCGGCUGAGAGCAGUGCCUCAAGGUGCGACAGGUCUGGACCUCAACUAUCUGCGACAGGAGUUGGUCGCAGCUGAGGACAAGGCGCACCGUGAGCAGAACUUGGCACCAAAAGUCAAACCAGCACGACCAUGGACGAAGAUCUACAAGCAUGUCAUUUACGCCACGCCUACCUUUUCGAAUCCGUCCACCUUGACAAUGUCGCUGUCAGACCGCGAACAAUUGCUACGCCUGGCGCGUGAAUUCGAUGCGUUGAUCAUUACGGACGAUGUUUACGACUUCCUACAAUGGUCUUCAGAUCCAACUGGAAAGGAGACCCAGCCUGAGCACGCACUGCUUCCCCGGAUUGUGGACAUUGACAGAUACUUGGAUGGUGGACCAUCUGAUGAGUGGGGAAAUGCCAUCAGCAACGGCAGCUUCAGCAAGCUAAUCGGCGCUGGCAUGCGGACAGGAUGGGCGGAAGGCACGGAGAAGCUGGCUUACGGCCUUUCACAGACGGGUUCGAGCCGAUCUGGGGGAGCACCGUCCCAAUUUUCCGCCUCUAUGGUUGCGCAGCUUUUCCCCACUCGAAUUCUACAGAACUACAUCGCGCAUGUGCUGCAACCGGCAUAUGCAGCCCGAUAUCAUCGAAUGAUGUGUGCUAUCAACGAACACCUGGUACCCCAGGGGGUCACGCCGACCGUCCCUAAAGGGACUGCAGGUGGUUAUUUUAUCUGGCUUCGAUUGCCCGCCUCCCUUCGGGCGACUAAAUUGGCGGUGCUUGCGCGUCGGGAGCACGAACUGGAAGUGGCGCCAGGUAACAUGUUUCAGGUGCAGGGCGAUCCGGUGGCGGAGAAGAACGACUUCGACGAUGGGAUGCGUCUCUGUUUCGCGUGGGAGGAGGAGGCUGACCUUGAGGAAGGUGUGCGACGAUUGGGGUGUGCAAUCCGCCAGGCUCUGCAGGAACGGUGAGGAUGAUC